UUGUGGUUUAUCCGACUUUUUCUAACUAAAAUGUCCCUCCCCCCGAGGAAUGUUAAAAUAAGUAUUGUACUUAUAGAAACAUAAGUUACCUCAGUGUUUCCACUUAGCCGUUUUAAUUUUAUAUACUUAUCUGUUGAUACAUAAGCUACUUUCCAACCGGAAUGUGUUAAGGUGUUUUUUUAACCUCUUUUGUUCGUCAGAAUUUUACUAUUUUUCAUUUUACUGGUAGCUAGGGUUGGCCAUAUCAUAUGUUUUCUCAACCAGUUUCAUUUCUUAAAUCACCCAAUUAGAUGUAUUGCUUGCUGUCGCAAUACUGUCCGCAUAAUUUAGUAACUGGUUACUUAAGGCAGUUUUUAGAAUUUGCUACAGCAGGAAAUAAAUGAACAAAUAAAUAAUUGCAUACCAACCAAUGCUGAAUGCAUCCAACAUCAUCUUCAUAUCUGCUAGAACCAGAGGAAAAGGAUUGUUGCCUUGUUUACAUUGAUAUGUAUUUAUUUUUGCCUCCAGCUUAUAAAAUUCUGGUCGCGGUUUCGGUACGUGAACAUUUGUUCAUCUGGUUCAGCGUGAUGAACCUUUUUCCAAAAGAGAUGAAUUGAUUGGUAUUGAUCCAGUCAGGAUCUUAAUUGAGAUGAGCUGGAAGUGCAAUGUUGUGUGGUGUUCUAGUUACAUUUGUAAAGUUUAUAUAAAACACCAACGAUUCCCCCCAAAAAUGAACAGAACACUAAACUUUUAUACAUGAUCACACAGGCUUGCGUGUGAUGUAUAAAAAAGUUUAGUGUUCACCCAAACUCGUUGUCAAGUUUACAUAAUUUGGUUGCAAGACACAAAAUCUUCAUCUUCUAAUUCAUAUUUUUACUUAUCUUAUAGAAUUUCGUUGUAUGGAAACAUUGUGAUUGUAACGCUUGAAAUCUUAACUCCCGGCGACGUCGGCUUGAAUUGAAAGUGACGGAUAGUACACUGACUGAGUGUGACUGACUGUAUUAACCUGCCGCUGAGCGACACCGAACGAGACCGGAACAUCAAAUUGAUGUAGGAAAGGCUCGUAAAGAUACAUCGACGGCUUCUUUCAAAGAUGAUAGCGGUGUUCCUCCGGUUAGUGACAAAUGGUGAGGCUGUAAAAAAUAAGGUGCAUAUCUCCGCUCCUUUUCCUUCACUGCCUGGAAAGUGAAUCCGCUCCGCUCCAGUGACUUCACACCUGUCCUCGCGAAGCGGCAACGAAGCAAUGGAUUGUGGGAUACAUAAGUCCUCCAGGUGUCUGUGAUCCCCACGGUGUACCAAAACGUGCGCGGCAAUAAGUCGUAAUGGGGCGGCGGGGGAGAAAUAUUUAUAUGAACCACCUUUAAUUCCUCCAUAAUAAACGAAGCAACGACGACAGCGAGGAAAGGCUCGUGUGAAAGUGUGGGAUAGACGGCAGCGCGCCGGGGAGGAGACGUCGUGGAAACACUACGAUUCCCACCAUUCCAGCCACGCCGUGGGAGCCCAGCUGAUGUUGAUGUCAUGAUUCUUGAACAGCUCCCGUCUCCUUAGAGCUCCGGGAGCCGACGGUGGAAAAGCUCGUCGCAUAAUAGCAGGGCAGUUUUCGGCACCAUGGCCUUCGUGAAAAGUGGAUUUCUGCAGAGACAGAGCACUAUUUUGCGCCGGUGGAAGAGGAACUGGUUUGACCUGUGGUCUGACGGCCGCUUGAUCUUCUACGAUGACCAGCAUCGCCGCGAUGUGGAGGACGAGAUCCACAUGAGGGUGGACUGCAUAAACAUCCGCACGGGCUCCAUGUGUCGAGACCUUAGCCCUCCUGAGGGAAAGGCUCAAGACGCCCUUCUGCAGAUUGUUUGUAGGGAUGGAAGGACCAUCAGUAUCUGUGCAGAUGGGGCUGAUGAUGCCCUGGCAUGGUUAAUGGUCCUCCAGGAUGCCAGGGUCAAUGUGGUAAUCUCUCCUCUUGAGGCAGGUUUCUCAAAGGAAGUUGUAGCCUCAGCACCUCCCCCAUACUCAGAAUAUCCCCUGCCUCCACAGUUUCCACAGGUAUACCAGUUCUAUGGUCCACCUCCUCCACCUCCGAGUCCACAGAUACUUUAUACUGCUGAUGGACAGCCUUAUGCAGUCUCUUACCCUUAUCAGUACCAAGGGACCUACCCACCCCGGCAUGUCAACGUGAUAGAUCAGGAGGAGCGCCGGGAGAAUGCUGGUGACAUGGCCCUCGGAAUCCUUGCUGGUGCUGCUACAGGGAUGGCCCUGGGUUCUCUCUUUGUCUUCUAGUGCCUGCAAUGGCAAAUGCAAAGGUUGCUCACUCCCCAAGUUCCCCUUGCCACUACAGUUUCACUCCCCCAUUUUUUUCGUCUUGCACAAUACACCCACAUGUCCCUGUAAAGUUGUAGUGCCAUUACUCUGUCACUGCAGCAUAGAAUAAUCGGAUGUGGACUUAAUGCAUUUCUCCCGCUGCCCCUACCCUGCUAUGCAGGGGUGUGUCCCUGAUGUGCUACUGAGCUCUUUGUCUGCUACUGAAGCCUUAAGUGUCUAGUGUUUGAAUCUUCCUUCUGCUAGGUUGUUCAUGAAUGUACUCUCACAAAGAACGUUUACCCAGCUAUUAACUCCAAUCAGAUGAAAGUAACAAAUUACAGCUUUGCUCAGUGCUUCAGCUCUUGUAGCCGGAUUCAGUGUAAUAGUGAAAGUGACCUUCACGCAGGUGUAGUACGCCCUAUAUUUAGCAAGUUAGGCCAUAUUAUGAAGAGUUUAUACUUGGAUUUAAGACUGUCACGCUUUUUUCUUAGGCUAUUUUUUCAAUAGGUUUCUAUACUAUAGAAGUUUGAAAUGUAACAUUUCAUGUAUUUGUUUAAAAUUUCUAGUUGUUUAGAAGGAAAGUAAUGUUUGAGACCAGGCGUCAACUUGUGUGUUUCUGAAAUAUGUGCUUUGACACACUAAACUGAAUACUAUGCUCCAAAACAAAAGACAAUAUUGAUUCUUCUAUUUAUUUAAAAUAAGUGUUGUGUGUGUGUGUGUGUGUGUGUGUGUGUGUGUGUGUGUGUGUGUGUUUUUUUUUUUUUGGAAGGUGAAAUAUUUAAACCAAAAGGUGACAUAAACAGUUGGGAAUAAAGUUUUCCUCCUGCAGCUGCCAGGAUUUAGCUUGCAGUUAAGAUAGUACCCUCACAAUGGAACCAAUUUUCAGGUACAUGUGUUUCCUUGUUCCUGUUCUGUAUUCAACAGCCCAACUAGGAAUAAAAGAUGCUUUGCUGAAUGUGUAUUACUUUGAGAGUGUACUUCCUUAGCAGUAAACCAUUUUAUUAGAAAAUGGUAAAAUAUUCUAGUUUGACAUAAA